CCCCUUCGCAGCACCUCACGCUGCUGCAACAGUGUUCCAGACUGCCACGCUGUAGAUUUUCCUUUUGUGAACGGAGUCAAUCUGUUAACUAGCUCUGACCCAGAUUCCACUGCAGCUUGGCCCUCGCACUUUUACUCUGUGGAUUUCACUCCAGGAUUCCAUCUAAUGUUAACUUCAAGUGUGAUUAGGAAUAUUGGCAUCAAACCUUUAUUUAAAACAUGCUCCAAAAUUACAACAAUGUCACACGUGUGGUUCCAAAAAGGCACACGGAAGUUGUUGAAUGACAGAUGUUUCUGUUCUCUCACAAUCUUGUCGUCCAAAAAAUGAAAACUUAAAGGGGACAUCGACCAAUUUUACUCUGCAAGUUGACGUAACAGGUCGUGGAGACUCGUCGGCUUGUAAGAGCAGCGUCGCUCUGGAGGAGUUUAGUUGGGUAAAAAUAACCCUGAUGGUGUCAUCGCUGUUACCUUCGCUAUAAGACAAAUGGUAACAAAUAAUAAAAAGUAUGCAGAGGAAGAAGGUUACCAGGAAGAGGGUCUAUCGGAAUGUGCAGUUAGUCAGCUGCAUUGUGGGAAAUGUGGGAAAAGUCAUUGUUUUUAGGAGAGGCGUUUAAUGUCCUGUGAUACUGUGCGUUAAUGCCAGAGCUCAUCGUCCAUGAUGUCUCUGUUGCAAGCUCGUCUCCUACAAACAAACUGUGUUUCGACACAAGUGCACUUUAAAAAAAAAAGUUAAGUCAAGCACAUUGGUCAUGAAAUGAAGCAAAACUAAUUUGCAACAAACCCAUUUCACAUAUUACAGGACCAGUAGAUUCUGGGUUGAAAGGAUUGUGUUUUUUGAUAAAUCGAACCACCGCAGAGCAGACAUACUUUACUUUAAUGACUCACUGGAAAUGUUUUUUUUAGUCAAAAUUGACGUCAAAAUAUGUUUCCCUCGAAAUGAGCGUAAUUCGCAAUGCAGGCUCGUUGUACGGGAAGAUAAUUUCUAGGAGACUGUCUGUUGUCACCAUGACCCCAACAUGAUUAAAAUGUUUUCUACUUUCUCAUAGUUACAAAACCCACCAAUGGCUCAGCUUGUGUACACGUCAUUGCUGUCCGGGGAAAUGAUUAUCUGCUACAAGUUGUGUGUGUACGUUUGCUUGCAAUAUACUUACCAACAAAUAGACUACGUGCUGUAAAUGCACCGUGGUUUAAUAAAUGCAGCACUUGUGUGGUGAGCAGAGUUAGUUUAUGAGUGAUGAUUAAGAGUGCGGCAGCUGAAGAGCUUUAUUGGACUCUUUUUUUUCUUAGAAACUCACUGUCGUGUCACUGUGUUGAGUGCCUGAUCCCUCUGGUUCUGUGUGCACAAGAAACAAAACAACCUGUUCGAAACAGCCGUACAAUGGAUCUGUUAACAAGGUUAUUGCUGUUGAAUGAAAUAAUGGAAACUCAAAACAUGUCAAAACAAGAAUAUGUUUUAAACAGUUUAAUCCAAAAUGAAAGUGCAUGUGUAUUUCAGACCACAUCUAUUCAAAGUGAUUAGGCCUCCUAUAUUUGUGAUUAGAUCUCACUUGAAACCAUGUGAGACCGGCAGGCCUUUGUUGGAUCCAGUGGAACGUUGGCCAAGUUACCACAACACAAAUGUUUUACACUGAAACUGAUGGAAUCAAUUCUCGGGAAAAAAGGGAAAGAAUGUUUGUUCUUGGCUCCAAUUCAGGUUGAAAACACUCUCUCUUACUCACUCCCUUCCUUCUCACUCUCGCCCGUUCCCCUUCCUUUCUUUCUCCUAACUUUCUCUCUCCCACUCUCUUUCUGUCCCACAUCUGGAGGGUAUCAGCUGUGGUUGUGUGACUCCUCGUCGGAUAAGGGACAGCCUGCAUUUGGACUUCAGACUUCAGUGCAUUUCGGCAAAAGUUGGUCGGACGGGAUAAGUAGCUGAGGAUUGCAGCCACAGCAGAGAGAGAGCACACAGGACCGGCAGUGUGUUGUUGUUGUUGGCCCGGUGCUCGUGCAACAGGAGAGCUCAGCAGAGGACAUGUCCUUCCCCAGGCAUUCCUUCCUGCAGGCCCUGAGUGUGCUGCUCUUGGCUUUGGUGUUGGUGCGUUGCCAGGCUCCUCUCAAAACAGAGGAAGAGGACGAGGAAGAGCGAGUAAAGGAGGCCGCCACUGCAACAGAGGUGACGGAAUCUGAGCCGCUCGAAUGUCCGGCUGAGUGCAGCUGCGCGGCAGAAGGAGCGGUGGACUGCGCUGGAGUCGACCUCACAGAGUUCCCCGCCGAGCUGCAUGACCAAACGCGCCAGCUCUCUCUGCAGAACAACAAAAUUGCAGAGAUAACGGUGGAGCACAUUUCCCAUCUGCAUCAGCUUGAGACGCUCAACCUUCAGAACAACUGGCUCACCACUAAUGGCCUCGAAGAUGAAGGUUUUGAGAUGCUUGAAGAGCUAGCUUAUUUAUACCUGGCAAAUAACAAGCUCAACUCAGCACCAAGAGUCCUACCACCCUCUUUGGUUAGUGCUGACUUUGCUGCUAAUGAGCUUACAAGGAUCUACCCAUAUACUUUUGGCCAUAAACCGAAACUGAGGUCUGUGUAUCUCCACAACAACAAGUUGUCUGAUGCAGGCCUUCCUGACCACACAUUCAAUGGCUCUGACAACCUGGAGAUCCUCACCCUGUCCAGCAACUUCCUGCGGGCUGUCCCGAGGAACUUGCCCUCCAGCCUUUACCGUCUUCAUUUGAAGAGUAACAAGCUCGAGAAAAUUCCAGAGGGGGCCUUUGACAGCUUGCCAAACCUCAGAGAGCUGUAUCUCCAGAACAACCUCCUCAGCAAUGAGGGCAUGGACAACGAGACUUUCAGCCAACUGGGCAGCCUGGAGUGUCUGGACCUGUCAAAUAACAAUCUGAGCGUCGUCCCCGACGGUUUGCCCCGCAAUCUAGUGCUACUACACCUGGAGAAGAACUCCAUCAGCAGUAUCCCUGGAGGCGCUCUUGCUUCUGUCCGCAACCUUGAGUACCUGCUACUCCACAACAACAAGCUGCGCUCACGUUCCAUCCACCCGACUGCCUUCCAGGGCUUGAAGAAACUGCACACCCUUCAUAUGUACAACAACUUGCUGGAGCGAGUUCCCAGGGGCUUGCCUAAGCGUGUCAAGAUACUAAUGAUGCUGUACAACUCCAUAACCGAAAUCAGCCGCAAUGACCUGGCCCUGUUGUAUUUCCUGAUCGAGCUCAACCUCAGCUACAACAAACUGACCAGCCCCAAAGUGCACCGCGAGGCCUUCAGGAAGCUUCGUGUUCUGGAGACCCUGGAUCUGUCUGGGAAUAGCUUUCAAUCGAUUCCCAUGGGUCUUCCUCGCAGUCUGCAGGUGCUCAGGAUCAAGAACAACCAGCUGAACUCCAUACCGCACGGUGCACUCAGGGGAAUGGUGAAGCUACAAAAGCUUGUCCUCAGCGACAACCAUCUCAAACUGAAUUCAGCGUACCAGGGAGCUUGGAUGGAGCUCAGUGCGCUCACAACACUGGACCUGUCCAGCAACGAGCUGUCACACAUCCCCUCUGACCUGCCUGAGUCUCUGGAGUACCUUUACCUGCAAAGCAACCGCAUCUUCAGCGUUCACGCUUCAGCAUUUGACGGCACUCCGAACAUUAAAGGCAUCUUCCUCCGGUUUAACCGCCUCUCUGGGGUCCCUGUGGACGAGAGCUCAUUCGCACACCUGUCCAACUUGCAAGUGCUAGACAUUGGAACAGGAAACAACAACAGCCACUUGAAAGGAGAGGAGAUGGAGGAGGAGCAAGAAACAUAAAGAUGUGCAGGAUUAAACUGGCGUUGGACUAUAUUGUGUCAAAGGUAGAAGAGCUUUUUAAAUGGAUUUGUGAUUGUAUUUUUCCAGGUUCAUUAUACAUGUUUCUGGUGCAGGAUACCAGAUAAAGUUACUUAGUUUCCAUAUUUUGGGCUGGUUAGUAUACCAUAUCUUUAUAUCUGAGCUUUAAACAUAUUUUUAGUCAAUCUAUCAUCUAAAUUGUGUUUUCCGGCGUUAUUUAAAAAAAAGAAAAUAAUCCACAGAAGUGGAGUUUCAAUGCCCCAAAUCUAAGCAAGGUGAGUUGUUUACAAGGUUUAUGUCUGUGUUUUAUAUCAUUUUGUUCCUUAAAAAAGUGACUUAAUCAAGAAAUUUGUGUUUUUGUUUGCCAGUGUUGGAAGAUAAGUAAUUUCCAAAUAGAAACCAACAACGCUUCCAGAAUUUCAAGUUAUGGAAUUAAAACACUGCAACUGGAAGUUUAAAUUAUCAAUCAAUUAAUUUCUUAGUCAUGAAAUGCCAGAAAUGACAAAUAUUCAUCACAAGCCAAGUACUUUUUCAAAUUAUUUAAUUUAGUCUGGUUAACAACCCAGAAAUCUCAUUCCUUCAUAAUGAUUGGAAAAAUAAAAAACAAAAUUACAAGCUUUUUACAAUUCUUAAAGGCUUUAGCAUAUCAAGGACCACGUUUUGAUGAUUAAUAGCUUAUUUAAAUGAAUCAAAAAGGGAUUGAUUGGAUGGGAUGCACAUAUUGAUUAACAAUUCAGUAUUUCCGCCACUCGAAGCAAAUUGCAUUUACUUUUACCGGCAGAUACAGCAGCGAUGGUCAAACUGACAACUUAAAUGUUAAAGGACAGUUGACCUAAAAAUUAUUGUCAGGUGAGAAACAAAAUAGUUUGUACAUGAAACGGCCCACAACAAAGUCUAUAUUUACAACAUUAAAUAAAAUUUAAAAAAAAAUUACUUUUGAUUUUAUAGUGAAAUGUUACUAUUAGGAGAACAGCAACAAUCUUUAAAAACAAUGAACAUGAAAUGUUGUUGAUUUGAUCAUCAUUUUAUUAUUCAUUUGCCACGUGCUUGUGAAUGAAAUAUUCCAGACAUAAAAGCAAUUCCAAUCCAUGCUUCUGCUAUUUUAGUCCGUUCCUGCUUCUUCUUUUUUUUGAUAACAAAUAUUUUUAUAUGACAUUUAAAAACCUCAAAGUAUUACACACCACUAUAUUGCUAUGAAUACAGUGUCACUUUUACAUACGGCAGUAUAUUAUUGUCAUAUAUACAGUCAUUGAACACAGCAAUAAAUUAUUUUAAAAGGCUGAACAAUGUGCGUUUCCUAACAUUCAUCACAACGUUAGAUUGAUAUUUGAGCAGGUUCAUAGUGCGGUGUGCAUUCCUUAUUUGUCUCUUUCAUACAUUGUAUACAUAUACAUGUAUCUAUUGAUUCAAAUAUUCAAUUGCGAUUAAUCGCAUGACGUUUUCGCGGUUAGUUGUGAUAAUGCAUUAACGUGCCCAAAUGUAUAUGCUCUCAUUAUAUAAAGAUACUCCUACGAGCAGCUAAUGCAUACAUCAUGUUCUAUAUGUACCAGGAACUGGAAAGAGCAAAGAACACAUCUCAAAGUACAAUCUGUUAUCUUUCCAUGAGAACAAUAUCGGCAGCCCAUUCCAUCUGAAAUCAAUGACAGUGGCUUUGCACAGACAAAUUGGUUAAUAAAACGAGAAAAU